GUAGCAAAGCCAGCACUAAGUGUGCUUACCACAUCAAGCCGUUUUGAUUUGCCAACGAUAGGCAAGCUUGGCCCCGAACUACUCUCCGGCUUGCCAAAAUCUGGCGAGCACUUGAAGGUUCGAGUGUAUGCCCUGCUGCGAAUUCAUACCUAAGGCAACUUCCGAGAGAAAUGAGGAAUCACAGAGACUCCAAAACGAAGGCAGGAAACCGGAGUUGAAGGGUUCUGAUCGGCGUGUCCACCACUAGAAGGACGUCCUAGGAAAUACCUACGACUUCCGCACACGAGAAACCUUCGGAAGGGGACAGCUCGUUGCAUUCCGACUCCUCGCCACUUCCGCCAGGUCUUCAGCAUGGAUCAAUCACUGCUGGCCCUGCCGGACGACGCGUUGGUGCGCGUGUUGGCCCUCCUGCCGCCCAGAGAGGUCUUCCGCCUCCGAUUGGUGUGUCGGCGGCUCCGGGACCUGAGCCUCCACCGGGACGUUUGGCGCUCCGUUGGCCUGUCUGGCGGUGACAAAGGCCUUCUCCAAGCCGCGCUCAGACUCGCCCCCUGCCUCCGCGAAGUCACCCUGCUCUCGCCGGACCUGCAGGCUGCGGCCUGCACCGUUUUCAACACCAAAUGCGUCGUCACCGACCUCAAGCUGUCCGUUCAGAAUGAGACCGAUGCUGCCUGGGCCACCGCCAUAGUGCAAAGGUUCUCCACUCUGGGCGGCUUGAGGGAUAUCCGCCUAUAUCUGCACCGUGCCGCCCCCGAGGCUUUGCAUCCCCUCCUGCUUAUGGUUUACGGCGUUCAAGACUUAAGCGUAUUGAAUGUACACAUUCACUCGGACAUGUCACAGCUACCGCCUCUACUGUCAGACCUGGAGCCCAGGCCUUCCUUAACUGUACUCGCGUACCUAGGUGCAGCCCCUGACCCUUUCCUCUGUUCGUUAUUGCGUACGCACGCGGCCACCCUUGAGGAUGUUGUUCUGUUCCUGGCGGAUGGGCUCCCCACAUCCCUGUUGGGAUCGAUGCCCAGGCUGCGCUCCCUGUGGUGCCGUCUCACUGAUGACCUAUCUCAGCUGAAAAGCUUAUCAGACCUGGAUUCAUUUGGGCUGUUGGAUCGCGAAGUGCAGGACGUACCUUGUCCGGGAACAGUGGACUUCCUCCUUCAGGGGCCGCGCUUGCGGACCGUGGAGUUUGACUUCGAACCCAACCACCCAAUUCUCGGCGCUGCCCUUCUGGAGGCUUUGGCCCAGUCGCCGUCCGCCCCCGUUCUGGAAAGACUGUCCUUACACGGUGUGCAAGACUCGCUUGUGGCCGCGGCACUUCAGCGGUUCCCAUCCCUGCGAGCACUCGCCCUUGAAUUGGACGCCAUGCCCUCGGACGAUUUCUUCCGGGCAGUGAGCCCCGCCUCCACGCCGCGCCUUGCCACGCUGCAACUUGUGCCCCACCGCUGCCCCCACGCCUGGCUGCACGACCCGGCCGUGCAGGACGUCCUCGCGAGGAACGCGGGGCUCCACCUCCGCCUGUCAGGCCCUCCCACCCUCGAGGACGACUGUGCCUGUCGGUGGUGCCUCUGGCGCUGCCACCGGGACGAGCUCCGGACGCACGCAGGCCUGCAGUCCGCCUUCUCGGCGCACACCAGGCGGCCCGGCUGCCCCGGGGACUGCCGAAGGUGGCUCUGGUAUGUUUAGGCAGGCACACUGUCUACCAAGUCCGAUUUAUUCAAUUUGCUGCAUUUAAGUUCUUAUUUCAUUCAGUAAUUUAUAGUAUAAUUUACCAAGGUAUUAAGCAACAACCUGGUUUUAGGCAAUUGCUUAACCGCACAGGUUUCAUUUAUCUUCUUUUCAUAGAAAUUACCUGCAUUGUUUGUGGAUCCAAGCCAGAGCACUGACAGUAUUGAGGCACAAAUGGUCCUUAUUCGCGACCUGGUUGAAAUUGCUAUUUAAAACCAGUUCCCGAUGAAGGAAUGGUUGGUGCCGGAAUCAAAAUAUUUAUUCACGACUAUUUAUGAAAUCCUACUGUGCACAACUGACAGGCUCACUUCGAUCGACUGCAUUCGGUACCGUUUUCCUUCAGAUGAUCGUAACUUCUGUGUGAAAGUUCUUUGAAAUGUUAAACUUUUUACUAUUUAUGCCGAAUUAUGGCGUUCUCAAUUGUACGUUUUUACUUAUUUUGUAACAAUAUUAUGUUAAUGCAAUGGCAAGCUGGGAUUAACUCUGAUUAUGGAAAAGGUUAAAUAUUGUGAACAUGCAAACUAAACCCUUCAUUUGUUUAAUGCUCCAAUAAAACUUAUUCAUCCUUGUA